AUGAGCCAAGCAGAUACCCCUCUUGUGGUGCAGAAGUAUCCUGUCUUGCACCAGGUAUACGAAGCGCUGGGGCUGGCAACCUUGUACACGCACCAUGCCGGUGAUUUCCGGGCCGCUCUUCAGAUUGUCGAGGCUGAAUGUUCAAUUUGUGAUGCGAAGGACGAAGCCAGGCUCGCUGCAGCCCUCACCGGCCGGGGCAUUGUGCGAACUCUGCAAGGAAACUGCGUCGGGGCUCUGGCAGAUUUGAGGGCAGCGACUACCAUGGAGCACUCCGAUCUACCCCUCAAGCUGCUGGCGUGUCUGUAUUGGUAUCAAGCGACACAAACCCAGUAUGCGCUGUUCCCCGACAAUGGCCCUGCAGGAGCAAAGGAGAUUCAAUAUCGCUUCGACGCUGUGCAGACGCUUCAAGACUGGCAGGCACAGACAAGUCCCCUCUCCGAGGCGUAUUCGACAGACCCACCGCUACGAGUUGUGGACCAGGCUUUGAGGCUCUACCGAUCGCUCACCUCCUUUCCACGAGCCAAUCCAGGGGCGGAUUCUACGUUUCGUACCGCGCAGGAUACUUUGCUGUCCGGCAUUGAUACGGACUACGACACCCUGGCAAUCUGGCGUCCAGAUCCGAGGAUGCUUGGCCAUAUGCGACUCCUCCGAGCUCGGACUGCAUUACGCAUCCAUGGGCGGGAAGAAGCAAUGCAGGAUCUUGCGAUAGCCGAGCAACUUGCUCGCGAAGUCGACGACUCGGUCGGCUUGGCCGACGUCGAACUCACGCGGGGUGAUUUUCUCGCCGCCCCGCUGUCUUCACCUGGCGUUUGGAACUCACUCCUGGCGGAAUCAACGUACGAUACUUGCCUGCAUUGGCAGGCUGAUGAGGCCGAAUGGGACGUUGACACAGAGAGGAUUGGCGAGGCCAAGGCUCGGUACGAUGCGGCCCUGACGCGGUUUGCGGCAGCAAAUGCGCGGAGAGGAAUCGCCGCGGUGAAGAUGCGCCUCGGCUGCCUCGAGGUCCUUGAGGGUAUGCGACGCGUUGUAUUCGAGCCGAGCUUUGCGGCGGCGAAGACGGACAUCGAGCGCGCCGUUGCGAUCUCGUCUGAGCUCGGCGAUAUGAUGGCCGUACAGCUGGGCCGCGCGCAGUUGGCUCUCUGCGCCAUUGGGCAAGGGGACCAGAGCGAGCAAACCCAGCAAGUCGGCGUGUCACUUGGGACCUGGGGUCGUCGAGAAGGAAGCUUUGGGUUUACCCUGGGAGUUGGCCUCUUCUUCGCCCGCAUCGGGUGGCGAUGGAUCAACCAUCUCGGCGACUAUGAACGCGCCUUGGCUUGUUUCAGGCUUGCAGAAACUCUUUUCCAAGCUCUGCAGGCCUCAUUGUCACGGGUGCAUUCCAUAGUUGAUCAGCUGAAGGUCUAUCAAAUGGUGGGUGAUUUCCCCAGCUGCACUAGGACAUUGGAGCGGGCUCUGGACGAGUGCCUCGAGGUCCAGAAGCGAGAACCAGGGCUGGUGGCGGAAGUUUCCCGGCUCGCCCGAUGGAUUUCAAUCGAGAUGCUGGGUCUUGCUACAAAGAGAGCUGUACCGCACCUCAUCGAGCGCGUGCGGGCAUACAUCAAGAACAUCCGAAAGACGCAUGAGUCGGCAGACCCGGCAGGCCUGUCGGCGGGCCUUGACAUCUUUCAGGAACUGCUCAAUCGUUUACAGGCAGGAGAGGACCUUGCCGAUUCCAGUUCAGAGCCGUCCGUCGGACACGCUCUCUACCAACAAGAUGCUACACAGAUGACCGAUCUCUUCCUGGAGUCACAAUUGGCCGACUCGGAAAUUUAUCAGGACCUCUAUAGCGGCAAGGAGGCGAAAAAGAAUGGACAUCCAGCGGAAGCCCACGUUUGUUUUGACCGUGUCAGGGUGGUAGCAGAGUCGAUGUCAGGGUACCGCCGUCAUUACUUCAACGCCCUGGCAGACGCCUACGAGGGAGAAUAUCAACGGGCGGCACCUGCUUACACGCAGUAUGUAGAUGGGGAGCUAGAAGAAAUGGACCGGAUGGCUCGGCUGGGUUUCCCACCCUCUCUCGACGAUGAUCGACGCAGGCAGGCUGCAAGCCGAGCGCUCAGUUUCUUCUGUGAGAUUGGACACUUUGAAGAAGCUCAUAAAUGGUUGCAUCUCCUCUCGCAGAACUGGCCUGACUGGUGGAAGAAGGACGGCCAAAGCUGGCUUUCGCUUGGCCGUAUCGCACAAGUGGAAGAAGGGCUGGGACACUUCGAAGCUGCGCUCCUGCAAUAUGAAGAAGGAAUCCGUAUGUUUGAGGCUCAACGCCAGCGUCUUUCCAUUGAUGAACUCAAGAUCGCCUUUGCAGCGGACUCGCCGACUAGCGCCUUGUUUGUCGGAUGUAUCAGGACCUUGCUGAAGCUGCAAGACCAGCCUAAUAUCAAAGCCUCCCGCCGCCGAGAACUCCAAGCAAAGAUCUUUGAUGUGGCAGAAAGAAAUAAAGCGAGGAGUCUUAUGGACCUUAUGGAAGGCGGCUUAGUUGGCCGAUUGUCGUCCUCCGAAUCCGGCCCUUUACCUCGCUGGCGACGACUCAACGCCAAGCGAACAAGCCGUUGUGGCCUGCUGGAACAGGCUCUACACUCUAGCGACCCGGAGCGACCCAGAAUUGCGGCCUUGCAAGCGGAGAUCACAGCCAUCGAGCAGCAGAUCGCCGCGGUGGAAAACGACAUGGCUGCUACAGGCUCGCCCCUGCGGACCUGGGCUGCGGAGUUGAGUACACUCGACGCUGUUUGUGAAACGCUUCCUGUUGGGGUACCUGUUUUCAUGGGCUAUAUCCUCUCAGGGAGUUAUGGGGCUUCAUCACAAAUCAUUGGAAAUAUACUGGCUUGA